GAUCGAAUGUGAAAGCCGGCUCGGCAAGAUCAACGAUGUGUCAGCUGUCUCUCUGUUAUUUUGGUCAGGACUUAGUACUCAGCGACGACCACGGGUAGCCGCCGACCGCCAGCCGUCUCUUCCUCCCUCCCUCCUCCCCCCUUCUUCCCUAUCGGUCUCGCCCGCCCAGGAAACCGGGCCGCCUCUGACGAUACACAGCCGUCCUUUUUAUCUCCCGUACCGGCUUCCCCUACUCGGAUGAAGAUGGCCGCGCGCACCCAGCCCUUCUUCACUCGUUCCUUUUGGAUGGCGUGCUUACUUCUCGGCGCGGCUCAUGCGUCCGAUGCUCCGCCCACUCGGGCGAUACUAGGCCCGCCCUUCGUUUUUAACUCCAUCGCGGAGAUGACGACGUGUCAGCCAGCCUUUGUGAGCUGGGAUUGGGCUGGGAGCAGUGCGACGCUGCAGCAGAUAACGCUCCAAAUCACCAACUACGGUGUCUCGCAGCUCACCACCUCGAUCACUGCGACUAGCACUGUCCCUUUCAACCCUGUGUCGACAGCGGCCUCCUCUCUGCCGCAGAGCCCGCUGGUUCCGCGGCAUAAACGCGAUCUGGGGUUCGUGACGCAGAAUAUGACUGCUUCCCCGAUCGACGUGGCGUCGCAGAACUUUACGUGGCCUCUGGUCACUGUCUCUGCGGGGUGGUACAUGCUCGUCGCGACGUUCGCGAACUCGGGAACUACAUCUAACUCGGUUCCGUUCGUUAUCCAGAACGGGGCGACCACGCAAUGCUCCACGAGCUCUUCGACCGCCGCAUCGUCUACUUCCUCAUCAACAUCAGCAUCAGCAUCAUCCUCUACCCUGCCGCCGUCGCAAGUGGCUGCAUCGACCGGUGGUGGCAGGGGCGUCAACCGGGGUGCCAUUGCCGGGGCCGUCGUUGGGAGCUUGGCUGUCGUCGCCGCGGUAAUAGCCGUCUUCUUCUACUUCCGGUACGCCGCCAAGGGCAAACCCUCAGAUGGCACCACCAGUUCCGGAUCGUCGAGAAAGCGCAGCCCCCGCCGCUGGGCCGGAGACGCCAAGGCGUAUCCGUCAAGCAGCGGGAUCGGCAUUGUUGCGGGGCACCACCACUCGCAAUCGGACUCGAUCGGGCCCAUUCUGACCAGCUCUCGGCCAUCGCAGUCGCACGCGUACAGCGGCGGAGACGGGGAACUCGACUCGGGGUCGUACUUCUCGCCUUCGCAGGAGAAGAUCAGCAGCUCGCCCGUCCGAUCGCCCUUCUCCGAUUCGGGGCAUUACGCGCUGGGCGAGCUUGAGCGAAAUGCGGUUCCGCUCGAGUAUAUAGGCACGCCCCCCGAGGGCGGAGCAGGAGGCCUCGGCCGCAGCUCGUCCACGUCCACCGCCUCGCACCUGCACAUGAACUUCAGCCGCCCCCGCUCGCACCCCGGCUCGCCCUACGGAUCGGCGUCCUCGCCGACGAACGAGAGCCCCGGCCCGUCGAGUCCCACGCCCUCGUCCCAGGCGCACCAGCGCAACUCCAUCGGCGACUCGCUCUCUGGCUCGAAGCGCAUGGCGCGCAAGCCCGUGCCGCAGUACAACCCCGCCGACCCGUCGCUUGCGUCCGUGCCCUCCGCACCGAGCAGCAGCAGUAGCAGCCGCGAAGGCAGCGUGCGCGCGGCCAGUGGUACAUCUCCCCACCUCCACCACGACUGGCCGGUGCUGGAGCAUAAAUCGAGCUUCGGACAGGAUGGGAGGCCCGUCGACGGCCGGCCGGUGCACUACCUUAUCCCGGAUAUGCCGUCUUCUCAGGCGUGAGAUUGGACAUCUGCGCUUAUCUUAUGAUUGCUUUAUCUACAUAAGUAAACGGAGAGUGAUACAGAGGAAGUUCAGGCCAAGGCUUCAAUGCGAGCACAACAGGACAGAGAAGAACAAUGCGAGAGUGGGGAUCGUGGUCCUCCUUGCAGACGAGAGCCUCAGAGCAUGAAUAGAUUCUAGUUCAGAGGUGUGUCAUCAGCUUGCCAGGUUGCUCGACCUACUGGUGAAUGCAGAGUUGGCUCCUAUGGGAAGGGAGGACAUUGAUAUUGGGGUGAAAGGUCUUGAACAGAGAAUUUCAAGGCAUCUGAAUCACAUUUGCCUAAUCUUGUGACUCGACAC